GCAAACGACGGACUACCCGAAAAAAUGUGUUACGAGUGCCUUGAAAACAUCACGAAAGCCUUCAAAUUCAAAAUGCAGUGUCAAGAAUCCGAUCUAAUCUUAAGAGACUACAUCAAAUACAACGAAAAAAGAACUUCUGUCGAAGACACCGAUAAAAAAACUUUUGUCGAAGACACCGGUAAAGGAACUUUUGUCGAAGACGACGAUAGAAGAACUUUUGUCGAAGACACCGAUAAAAAAACUUUUGUCGAAGACACCGGUAAAGGAACUUUUGUCGAAGACGACGAUAGAAGAACUUUUGUCGAAGACACCGAUAAAAGAACUUUUGUCGAAGACACCGACACCGGUAAAAGAACUUCAGUCGAAGACUUUGAUAAAAGAAAUUCAGUCGAAGACACCGAUAGAAGAACUUUUGUCGAAGACACCGAUAAAAGAACUUUUGCCGAAGACACUUUGAACAACAACGACGUCAAUACAAUCCUGUCUUCGGAAACAGAAGUUCAUCCCAUCGAUUUACUACAGGUAGUUCAAAAUAAUUUAUUUUGUACCAUUGGCGAUUAUCCUUGCGGUAAAUGUUCACAUUCCUUCGAUCACAUUGAGGAUUUAAAAAUACAUAAUGAUAAGAAUCAUCCUGCGUCUUUGAGUUGUAAAAUUUGCGGUAAAACGUUUGGUUAUUCUAGUUCGUUGACGAGACACUUAAAAAUUCAUAGGGGAAAAGACACAGUUAACGUACCCGAUAGUAUUAAAUAUAAUAAUGACCCUGUUAGUGUACCUGAUAGUAUUAAAUGUAUCGAUACCAUUCCUCCAGAUUUAAAUAAGUUUGUGCAAAAACCGGGCGCAUAUCCCUGCAACAAAUGUUUCGAAAGCUUCGACACCAAAAAAGCCUUACGCGUGCACUCGGGCGAGCACAAAAAAUUAGCCAUACAAUCUUGUCCAGUAUGCAACUUAACUUUUUCCCAUUCCUGUUCCCUGGCACGUCAUUUAAAAGCCCACAAAGAAAAACGCAUACUUUUAUGCAAUUUUUGCGGCAAAGAAUUCAAACGUCCUGAUGAAAUGCGGAGACAUCUCAGAACCCACACGAACGAGCGCCCUUACGCCUGCGACUUAUGCGAUAAAAGUUACAAACAAUCUUUUUUACUAAAAGAGCACAUGCGUUCACACACUAACGAUAAGUAUGUUUGUACUAUUUGUGGUAAAAAAAUUGCUACGUACAACGGUGUUAUUAUCCAUAUGAAAACCCAUUCGGGUCAAAAGGAUCACAAGUGUGAUGUCUGCGGUGCCGGUUUUAUAGCCGUUGGUCAACUCAGGGUGCACUUGAGGAUACACAACAACGAAAAACCCUUUGUAUGCGACUUUCAAAUCCAGGGACAACCUUGUGGAAAGGGUUUUCGUGCCAAAGCAGGCCUAGAUUUGCACCAACGAUCCCACACCGGCGAACGUCCCUACCGGUGCCACUUUUGCCCCAAAGCUUUCCCUAGUAGUUCCCGUCUAAAACAGCACAUCAGAUCACAUACAGGCGAAAAAAAACAUUGUUGCGACCUUUGUGAUAAAAAAUUCCUGAAAUCCCAAGAUCUUAAACGGCACAAAAUGGGGCACACGGGGAAUUACCGUUCCCUUGAUGUUUGCCCAGAGCGUUUUAUUUCUAAUGAGCGUUUGAAGAGUCAUAAAUUUAAUAAUCAUACUAUACAUCAGUGUCCGCAAUGUCGUGAAUUUUUUGGACUUGCGAGUUUGUUGAAAAAGCAUAUGAAAAUGCAUAAAAGUCGGUUUAUUUGUGAGGUUUGCGGGAAGUUUUUUACUGUUAAUGAUAAUUAUUUGGAGCAUUUGGAGAUGCAUAAAGGUACUACAAAUUGA